AUGACAACGUGGAUCUCUCUUGUUCUUUUAGUGCUGGCUUUGUCGCACCGUACAUUAUGUUCCGAAGGCGACAUUUGCUAUGUAGUUGGGGCACAGACUAGCCUUGUGGACGAUCGGUUAUAUUUUAUGGGAGGCAACUAUAGCAUCGUGACGUAUGACGGCCAGCUGAUUGAACCCAUCGAAAGGGCUAUCCCCCAGACAGCCCUUAACAAUGACACCAUCGAUUCUAGAACAACGGUAGCCUAUGAUACUACGCUGCGUGCAAUCGGGGGCGAUACUACUAAUGGAGCAGUCUGGCAAAUAAACGACACCCUCUAUGUCUUUGGUGGUGGCUUCAAAACUCCAACCAACACGCUAUCGACCUACAACGUUUCGACUGGCAAGUGGAAGGACGUGACCGUGGCUGGUGGUGACUUAAAUUUCGGACAGCGCACCUCUGCUCAAUUUGCCAGUGCUCCCGAGUCCGGUCUCGGCUUUAUCUACGGCGGCAACACCCCCUAUAUGAGCGGCAUGAUCCGUUUUGAUGCGUCUAAUCCCGAUAAGCUCUCGUGGACCAACGAGACACUCUCACAUGGGUCCUAUGGCGUCCAAGUGCCGAAUCUGAUUUCUGGUGCUUUGGUCUAUAUUCCGGCCGGAAAAGAGGGUAUGCUUAUUAGCUUCGGAGGUGCAAAUGUCACUGAAGGAAUAAGUCCUGACUCCGGCUGGCCGUACGAUGCGGACUGGCUUACUAUUUAUGUCUACGAUAUUGCCUCCCAUACAUUCUACGCCCACAAGCACGGCUUACCGGUCUUCAUCCGAUCCUUCCUCAGCAUCGUCGGCGGCAUCGUAGGACUGGCAUUCAUUGCAGGAGGAGCAUGGCUCCUGUUCAGGCGCAGACUUGGCCGUGGAAGCAAAGCGGAGGGUCCUGUGAAAAGCAAAAAGAACCCGUCACGGAUACAAGAAUUGGACGUGGAACAUUUUUAUGAGGCACCUAUACAUGGCGCAAGAUCCGAAAUGAGUGGAGAAGGCACUUUUGAGCUGCCCGGAACCAUAAGAGCUGCCGAGCUGGGGAGCAAUGAACCACUGAAAACUGACAAGGUCUAA